ACUGCUCUCAAGUUCGAUCCACCGACCGCCAUGGCUGCAACUGCUAAUCAUUGCAGACUGUGUUUUUUGUUUCUGGUAAUUUUGGCGGAUAGGGUGAUGCUUAUGGUGUCGGGUCAAGUUGUGGAGUUCGACCCAUUUGCACCCGCCGGCGGAAGGAGUUCUACCCGACCGAGAGAGAUGGUUCCGGCGAUGUUCGUGUUCGGAGAUUCUCUGAUCGAUAAUGGGAAUAAUAAUAAUCUUCCGUCGUUUGCUAAGGCUAAUUAUUUUCCUUAUGGGAUUGAUUUCAAUGGUGGACCUACGGGUCGGUUCUCCAACGGCUACACCAUGGUUGAUGAAAUUGCUGAGCUGCUAGGGUUGCCUCUGAUUCCUGCAUACUCUGAAGCUUCUGGGAAUCAAGUGCUUCAUGGUGUCAACUAUGCAUCCGCGGCUGCCGGCAUUCUCGACAUCACCGGCAGAAAUUUUGUGGGUCGCAUACCCUUCGAUCAACAAAUCAGAAACUUCGAAAACACGUUAGAUCAGAUCACAGCCAAUUUGGGCGCCGCCGAUGUGGCUCAAUCCAUCGGCCGUUGCAUUUUCUUCAUCGGAAUGGGCAGCAACGAUUACUUAAACAACUAUCUCAUGCCCAAUUACCCGACCCGAAACCAGUACAACGCUCAGCAGUACGCAGAGCUUCUUGGUCAACAGUACACCCGCCAAUUGACUAGUCUGUACAAUCUCGGGGGGAGGAAAUUCGUGCUAACCGGGCUGGGACGAAUGGGUUGCAUCCCGAGCAUUUUGGCUCAGAACCCGGCCGGGAGGUGCUCGGAGGAGGUGAACCAGCUGGUUAUGCUCAACAACAACGUAAAAGCCAUGAUAAACAACCUGAACGUUAAUCUCCCCGGCGCCAGAUUCAUCUACAUCGACGUGGCUCGACUGUUCGAGGACAUUGUGGGGAACGCCGGGUCUUAUGGGUUUAGCGUGGUGGACAGAGGGUGCUGUGGGAUCGGCCGGAACAGAGGCCAGAUCACGUGUCUGCCGUUCCAGACGCCGUGUCCUAACCGAGACCAGUACGUGUUCUGGGACGCUUUCCACCCGACGGAGAAGGUUAAUGUAAUUAUGGGAAGAAGAGCCUUUAAUGGCGAUCUCAGUGUUGCUUACCCAAUGAAUAUUCAGCAGCUCGCUAGCCUUUAAUUUACCCAAGAUUUGAAUUUGGACUCUGAUUAUAUCUAUAUAUUACUUUUGGUUAUAUAUAUAUAUAUAUAUAUUUAUAUAGAGGUGCAU